CAUUCAGUUUCAAUAAUUUACUGUUAUAGUGAGAGAGAGAAACUGUUAUAAAGAGAGAAAGAGAGAAUGGGAAACUGCCAAGCUAUCGAUAAUGCAGCUUUGAUGAUACAACAACCAGGAGGCGGAAGAGUGGAGAAGAUGUAUUGGCCGGUGGCGGCAAGUGAGAUUAUGAAGACGAAUCCAGGCCAUUAUGUUGCUCUUCUUCUCACAACCACCACCUUAUACAAUCCUCAUUCGUCAUCUUCCACCGCCCCCGCACCAACAACAAAGCCGGCGAAUGCUUCUUCCACCGCACCGGUUAGAGUUACAAGGAUUAAGCUACUCCGGCCGACUGAUACGUUAAUCCUAGGUCAAGUUUACAGGCUCAUAAGUAAUGAAGAGGUGAUGAAAGGACUGUGGGCGAAGAAGUAUGCGAAGAUGAAGAAGAAGGAAACGGAAUCUGGAGAGCAGAGAGAGGAGAUGAUUAAAGAGAAGCUUGGAUGUGAAUUUGAUGUAUCGGCUGGACGAAUUAGGUCAAGUGGAGAUCAGAAAACUGAUCAGGUAAUGAAACAUGAUGAAAGGCGUCAUCAUCAUCAUCGUCAUAACAAACAAUCAUCAGCAGGUGCAAAACCAUCAAGAACAUGGCAACCUUCAUUGAGGAGCAUCUCUGAAUCUACAAGCUGAUCGAUGAUGAUGAUCACAAGCAAGCAAUUAAGAGUUAAGAUAAUCUUCACUUUUACUUAGUUGUACAUGAAAGAAAGAAAGGAGGAGAAAAUGAAUUUGAUGUAACUGUGGAUCUGAGUUAGUUUUAGAGAUGAUGAUGAUGAUCUUCACUUCCAAAUUAUGAUUAAUCUAUCUAAUAAUAAUAGAAGAUUCAUAGAAGUGUGCAAUGAUUUAAAAACCUAAAUUAAUAAUUUAAUUACAAUUCGUACAAAAGAAGGGAUCUGAAAAAUGUACGAGCUGCAACAGAAAGAAAAUAGAUUCCAUUUUUCCAGGUGAAGAAGAAGAUGCACUCUUAUUAUUAGCUCACUAGCUAGCUGUAAUCACCACAUCCUCACAUGCAUCUUUAUUCAUUUCUCUAAUCUCAUAAUAAUAUUCUUUUAUUUA